UUCUAAGGCAAGUGGAGGGUUUUAGGCAGGGCUAAUUAUAAGGAUGUGUUUGUGGUAGAGCUUCUGGGGUGUAUAGUUUGUAGAAGGGUGUUUACAGAGUUUACAGGGCUCUAUAUAUAUUGGGUUACUCAAAAAAUUGGGCUACUCUCAUUACAAAGUCGCUACAUUGAGAGCGUGAGAUCGCUACUUUCAGCAAUCUGGCGCUGGCAACCCUGAUGUCAACACAGCUGGGGAAGGUCUGUGUUAGGGGCGAGUGAAGGAGGCCGCUCCCUGCACAAUGGGUCAGGGAAACAGCCAAUUUACCGAGGCUGAGCUGGAGGAAUAUCAGGAGCUGACAUACUUCACCAAGAAGGAAAUUCUGUAUGCCCACAAACGCUUUAAGAAUCUGGCCUUGGAGAAGGUGGGACACAAUCGUAAUGCCAAACUUCCCAUGGAUAAGUUACUCACUCUACCAGAGCUGCGAGCCAACCCAUUCGGAGAGCGCAUGUGUUUUAUUUUUUCAUCGACUAAUGAUGGAGACUGCACGUUUGAGGAUUUUUUGGACAUGAUGUCGGUAUUCAGUGAGGCAGCACCAAAAUCUGUCAAAGCUGAAUAUGCCUUUCGAAUUUUUGACUUUGAUGGGGACGAUUAUCUCGGCCGCAGAGACCUUGAAGAGACCAUAACAAAGCUCGUAAGCCCCCAGCGCUUCUCACCAGGAGACAUGGAGGCGCUGGUUUCCAGAGUUUUAGAGGAAGCUGACCUAGAUGAUGAUGGCAUGCUAGCUUUUGCAGAGUUUGAACACGUUAUCUCCAAAUCUCCAGACUUUGCAGAUUCAUUCAGAAUUCGUCUUUGAACGUUGAGCGGAAAGCGACAUACACAUUCAUCAUCUUAAACUUUUGUUAAUAUUGAAAAAAUGGUCACAUCAUGUCGGGUAUUAAGUAAUUCCUAAGGUAUUUUAGCAAAGAAUAAAAAAUUUAAGAAUGUUAAGGGACUUUAAGCAGUGACUCCCUAACUUCAGUUUUAUAUUUGGAUAAUAAUGAUGGUCACUAGAGAAAGUAUUUUAAAUUUUAAUUGUUUUUAUUCUAUUUGAGUUCCUUGAAAGAUGCCAUGCUACUGUAUUUCACAGCAGCUUUGUAACUUGACACCUUUUGAUAUUUGCUAAUUCAGCAUUAUGUAAAGUAAAGCAACAUUGUCUUGCUAAUUUGUGAAUAAUUUCAGACUAAAAUGACACAAUUCACUUAACGUUUUUUUUCUGGUAAUGUAGCAAGUUAAUGGUGUUUGUCAGCAUUCACCUUGCAUCUUUCCUGAAAAACAAUUUAAAGUUUAUUUUUUAGUGUAUCUUGGUAAUAAACCAAGUGAAAAGCAACAUUGGAAGGUAGUUUGUCUUUAGUUCUGUGACAGUUAACAAGGUGGACAGUGGCGGCACGGCUUAAAUGAGGCAUUGCGUGUCCUUGUGUGUUCUUUAUGUUGCUGGAGAGUGCAAUCUCCUCCACCUGUUAAAAAACUUGUACUCGGUAUUUAUGCAGAAUAAAGUUGAAAUGUAGAA